AUGGCGCAAGGCGAAAUAGGCCAGUCACAGGAUGGCACCUUUACGACCCACUCCCAGCAAGGGCUGGGGGAGGAGUGGGCAGGGUCACUGGGCUGUGGAACAAGGGCCACGUUCUCCGCUGUCACUGAGGCCACCCCAGGCCCGUCCAGCCCGCUGUCCACCGCCCUGGCCGGGUCACGGGGCCACCACCGCCAGAGGCUGCCGCGGCUGAGCGGCAACGUGAAGCCCCGCCUGCGGAUCCCGCUGACCCCGAGGGGCUGCUCCGUCCACAGUCUGCUGUCGGAGGUGCACCGGCCUAAACGCGGCAGCAUCUCCCGAGGCCAGGGCACAGGCUCUGGGAGGGACCCCAAAGUUCAGCCCCGCUAUGAGGCCCGGAUGGAGAGCGGCCCUGGAGUAAAUCCAAGGACUCCUGCCCUCCGGCCACCCGAGCUGGGGCAGAGGUCCCAGGCGGCCGGCUCCAGCCAGCCCACAACCCCUCGGAGGACAGCCCCUCCCAGUCAGGAAGCGCCCUCGGAUGACAUCAGGCGAAAUGCCACCCAGGCGGCCAGCCCUCUGCCAGGGGCCCUGUCGACUGGCGUGUCUCCCCAGAACUGCACGGUGCCCUUCAACGACAGCAGGGUGUUCCUGGUGACUGUGUACAGCACGGUGUGCCUGCUGGGCCUGCCGGCCAACUGCCUGACGGCCUGGCUGACGCUGCUGCAGGCGCGCCAGGGCCACGUGCUGGCCGUCUACCUCUUCUGCCUGGCGCUGUGCGAGCUGCUCUACGUCGGCACCCUGCCGCUCUGGGUCGUCUACAUCCAGAACGGGCACCGCUGGCUCCUGGGCCCGCGGGCCUGCAAGGUGACCGCCUACAUCUUUUUCUGCAACCUCUACGUCAGCAUCCUCUUCCUGUGCUGCAUCUCCUGCGACCGCUUCCUGGCGGUCGUGUACGCUCUGGAGAUGCGAGGCCGCCGCCACCAGAAGACCGCCAUCCUCGUCUCCGUGUCCGUCUUCGUUCUCGUGGGGCUCGUCCACUACCCGGUGUUUCAGAUGGAGGAGGAGGAGACCUGCUUUGAGACACUGCCGGUGGACCGCGAGAUCGCCGGGUACUACUACACGCGCUUCGCCGUGGGCUUCGCCGCCCCCCUGUCUGUCAUCGCCUUCACCAACCAGCGCAUCUUCAGGAGUAUCCAGCGGAGCAGCAGCCUGGGCGCCGCCCAGAAGGCCAAGGUGAGGCGCCUGGCCAUCGCGGUCGUGGCCAUCUUCCUGUCCUGCUUCGCCCCUUACCACCUGGUCCUCCUGGUCAAAGCCAUAGCCUUCUCCUACUACAAAGGAGACAUGGGCCCUGUGUGCGCCUUCGAGAUCAACCUGUACACGGUCUCCGUGCUGUUCCUGGGCCUGGCCACGGUGAACAGCGUGGCUGACCCCAUCAUAUAUGUGCUGGCCACAGAAGUUUCACGCCAAGAAGUGUCCAGAAUCCACAAGGGGUGGAAAAAGUGGUCCAUGAAGACGGACGUCGCCAAGCUCACGUAUCUGAAGGAUUCCGAGGAGGCACGAUCGCCCACAUAG